UCAUGUGCCAUUUUCCAUUUUAGUCUAAUAAUUAAUGUUGGGGUGAGAUAUACUCGCGCUUGAACUAUGGUCUAGUUGUGAAGGAUAUCUUUUCUCGUCUAUCGUCUUAAACGAAGGGAUAAAAUGGGAACUAAUAAUCCAAAUACGCAGUACAAAUGUACCAGAUGUGGCCGGCAUUACUCGAAUGCUAGUCAUUUACGGCGUCAUGAAGCAACGCAUUCUUCAACUCCCCGGGCAACGUGUGGUUUCUGCAAUCGACGGUUUUUGAGAAGUGAUGUAUUGCGCCGUCACUCUCGGACUUGCAAACACAAGGACACGCGCGCAGUGCUUUCCCAGCCAACGCGCGGCAGGAAACGGAAAGCUUGCGAUUCAUGUGCACAAAGUCGGAUGGUGUGCGAUGGGGAGCUACCAUGCGAAACAUGCCUUGCGAGGAAGUUAGAUUGUUCAUACAAUCGUCUGCAGCAAGCUAAUAACCCCUGUGCCUCAUCACAAGAAGAAAGUGACUCAAGGCCUCAGAGGAUCACUAUUUCUUUCCUUCUCAACUAUACAGACCCGGUACACAGAUCAUCCUAUGACCUGCUACAAUUCCUGACCAGGAAGAAUGAUGAUGCGCCUGUGCCGGAGAGCUCAGUGCAGAAUUAUCAUCAGGGCAACAACACAGGAUUUUGGCAGUCCAUAUUCCAUGACUUCAUAGAUACCUCUGCACUAGGCCCGCCUUCUCAAGAAACAGGACUCACUUACGGAUGCAAUGAAUCCGAGAAUAUACCAGGGGCGAUUGACCGAUUAUUGACGGAACUCAAACAGUAUCAGACACACUUGCCAGGCAUCAAACCUGACUUAGUCAAAGCGGAAGCAUUCUUCUCAUCGUCAAAUCUUCUCAAGUUUGUCACCUCGUUUUUCCAACACUGUUAUACCAGUGAUCGUUUCGUCCAUGAGGCAUCAUUCAAUGUGAACACUGUUUCGACUGCUCUUCUCUUGGCGGUUGUACUUCUCGGUGCAACUUGUGCUUCACCCGCCGAUGCUGCUCUCGCAGAACAAUAUUUGACAGUUGCUGAAUAUCUGGUGUUCGAAAAUACUGGAUUUCAUCAACUUCUGUAUCAUGACGAGAAUCCACCCCAGUCGAGAAAAAAUAUUGAACUUGUCCAGGCAGCAAUCAUCGUGAUGUACUUACAAUCAGCCAGUGAUCAAGUCGAAUUCAAAAGAAGAAUUCGGAUCCAGCGAUUCCCCUCGUUGGUGUCGGUUAUUCGAUCACUAAGACUGACACAAGCGAUCAACAAUACUCCUCUCAGUAGCAAAGAGUUUGUUCUACAAGAUUAUGUGCACAAAGAGACUCUAGUGAGGAUAAUUUCAUGGGUGUACUUGGCUGACACCCACUUGGUUGUCUUCUACCGUUGCCCGCCACAGUUCAAAAUCUUUGAGGCAGACUUUGGGCUCCCUCAGCAUGACGAACUCUUCGAAGCAGCUGAUCCACUUGAUUCAGAACGCAUUAUAUCCCAGAUAAGAGAUCGACCUAAACCUAUGUCUCUCAAGUCAAUACUUCGGCUUCUGAUGGAUGACAGCCCCGUUCAAAUGGAAGAGAUACUCCUGCAGACCAACAGUUUAUUUUCACUUUUCUUAAUUAUGUCCGCGCUUCAAUCUAUCUUGUUUGAAAUCUUCUCAAUGAGAAGUUGUUUUCCCAGUCUAGAACUAUUUCGGCCGAUAGAUCGCGCUUUGGAUAGAUGGAAAAUGCUAUGGGACUUGUUCCAUACACGUCAUGAGUGCACCGGUGCAUCUCGAUCCGCAUAUGUGGUGCAUGCUUCUACAGAACACUGGUGGCUUGCCAAAGCGCUUAUAAAACGGCGUGAUAUAGUUGACGAGGAAGCUGGGUGUGCAGCGGAUUCGAUGAACACAUUUCAUAAUUUGGUCAAACGCCUUACGGCCGAGGAUGUAGAUUGAUAUUCUUGUACAGAAUCGCAGAGUACGAAUCUACAAGAAAUUUAG